CUUUAAUUCGAAUUUUAUUUCAUACCUUUGCUCUUGCUGUAAUUUCUUCUAGUGAAGAUAUACAGUAGAAAUCUAAUGGAGGAAAAAAACUAUCUAAAUCUAUCUGAUUCUGAGCCUCCAUUGCUAUUGCUUUUUUUGAGCCGUUGAUUUUUUUUGAGCUAGUAACUAAGUUGUAUAUGUAUUUUUAUGUAUAGUUACAAAUUCAAACUCAAAUUAUAAGUAGCCUAAACUCCAAAAGCAAAACGAAAUCAUGACGGUCGUUGCUUCUUGUACUUCGUGUUCCUCCACGUCGACUUCCACCAGCACGACGCAGUCAAAUGUUGGAGCUCGGUUUCUUGCUUCCGGUGCAGCGGGUGGCAUGGAACUCGCUUUGUUCCAUCCAGUGGACACAGCAGCCAAAAGACUAAUGGCUUCACCGGUUCGGUUGUCAUUAUUAAGGCACGUUGUGCUUUUCAAUUUAAUAUCGAGGAGUUUAAAAAAUUGAAGAGUGAGUCAGCCUACUUGUUUUAAGAUGUUGAUCUCCAAGAAGCAGAGGGAUUCAUUCACAUGUAGUUCUGUGGUACUAGUUCUCCAUCUGUUCAGCUAGUUCUGCAUGCUCAUGCAUUCUGGUAGAAGGUCUAACACAAUCGAAUUACGGACAAGUGAUUUUUCAAGAACCAGCGACCGCGAUGGCUGGCGCAGGUGGCAUUUCCGGAAACCUGGGUGGCGCAACAACUGCUCUUCCAACUUGGCAACUAAUGUUACGUAGAUACGGAUGCAGCUUUGAUCUCUACUUGAACUUGUACUUACUUCCCCGUCACACUCAAGACCUGACGUUCUCUCGUCCGCUUCAAAGCUUACGGAUCCAUGGCCGUCUCUACUUGAGCUUGUCCUUAUAACAUGGCCAUGGCCUUGCUCUAACCUUUCAGCGAAGAAUAGGUAGCCUUUUCCCGGGACUGGGCUAUGGCGCAGUAUAUAAUUAAGGCUCGUCCACAAAACCUCCCAACGGCACGUGGAUCCUUUUAAAGUACUGCGCUGGUAGGGCCUCGCGGAUUCUCUGGCUGUGCCGAGUAUUUUAACGGGAUCCAUUCACGGGAUGGGUUAUGGGUAGCUCUAAUAUAAGAUAAGCCAGCGAAGCUACAAGUUCGGGGGACAACCAAUCGUGAAAGACUGGGUUCGCAAUGGACCGUAUGAACGCCUGGUCGGACCUUCUGUUAUGGCUAAUAUAAGUACAUACAUAACGGCUAGAGAAAGAGAUAUACAUAGGUACACUAGUAAGUACAUGCAUAUAUUAGUGUUUAGUAGUCCUCCAUCUGGUACGCUUCAGUACCUGGAGUAUAAUAUUAUAGUAGUCCAUCUUUUCUCGUAUUUAGGGCUACUAGAUCUUCAACAUGAGGACUGGAUUUGCAUGAUGCACGAGCUAGAUCAUGAAUCUUCACUCUAGAUGCACACCUAGAUGUAUCAAUAUAAGCACUUAGACGAUGAAGAAGAUGAAGGCAGGGACAAUGAAUUAGACGGGGCUGAUGGACAUGGACGCCUAGAAUAGAAGGAUCCUAAUUCGCAUGGCUAGUAGAACUGGCGCUAAUGCCAGGGGUGCGAUUUCGCGAGCUUUGUUAUGUGACGGCCUCGCUGGAGCGAUUCUUGGUGCGGGAGAAGUUUUACUGCUCCCCUUCGAUGUCUUGAAGAUCAAAGCUCAAACGAACCCCACAUAUCGUGGUCGAAAUUUUCUUGCCGUGUUCAAACAAGAAUUAAGGCUAUCCUCCAUACGACUAGGGUAGAGGUAAGUAGGCAAACAAUGAUGGAUGCAUUUCUUUGUUCCUCCAAACAAAGAGCCAGGGACCAGGCAAUGUGAAGUCUUAGGAUCAAUGAGGAGCGCUUUUGGGCCUAGUUGUAGAAUCACAAUUUGAAUGAAGGCACUAGUCUGUACCUCAAUCGACGCGCUGUGUUUGGCAACAUGAGCAUGGAUUGACGCACUCUUGCAGGACGAUGCUCGUACUACUCUAAUGAUAUUAUGGCUGCAAGAAAUCCAUCUUCACAGGGAUCUUGGUCCCUUUUUCAAAGGGAAAAGGGGACCCAAGUAGAUGCUGUGGAAGAUGGAUAUCUCCUAGUUCUAACAAUAGGCGUGAAGAAUCUCUAUGCUGGAUGGGAAUGGACAAUGCUGCGAAAUAUACCUGGUUCCUUUGCUCUCUUUGGCAUGAACGCUGUGGUGCGGGAUAGUUAAGGCGGCUUUUUUGUCUGUAGUGUUUGUUACUGAAUGAGUGCUAAUAUGUAGUUUCCUCUAGGAGUGUGUUGGUGGCUUCCUGUCUAUGUCGACUCUGGAAGGAUGACAUGAACUACGAAGUGGCGGGCAAUAGCGGUGAAGGAGAACGCCACAUGAUCUCAAUGAUAGACUUCUUCUAAGCUAGAAUUUUCGGACUGAAAAAAGCUUCAGACGCAACUUUCUUGCAGACCUGUGCGAUGUCGACUUGCGGAACGUUGGCUUCCAUUCUCGUGGCAUGUCCGUAAUACAGCUCGCCUAGUAGUCCUUUUUGUAUGCUCCCGUGCUCCGCUUCAUUUAGUACGUUGUAACUGAAUGGUUCCGGUAUUUGGUAACCUGAAUUUGAUCACAAGGGGUCUCUUCUUGUUUUCCCUUAUGAUCCAAUUCAGGUUACCAAAUACCGGAAGCAUCCAGUAACUACCUCAUCUUCUUUGAUGAUUAUAAUAUAUCAGAGCAGUUUAUAGCACGCAUGGUGCAUGGAGUGGCAUGGAGUGCAUGGAGCACUUGCGCCACUCCCACGCAUGGAGUGCAUGGGGUGGCCGCGUGUCACGCAUGGAGUGCAUGGAGCACGAGGUGGCGCGCUAGCCUCUGCCAUCAGCCGCUCCCCUCCUGUCGAUCGAUGGAGCAGCGGCGCAACGCAAAAGCGGCCCAGGACUGAGAGGCCUUCCCCCCUCGCCUGUCCGCUUUCUAUGGUUGCGGACCCAGUAGGGGACGUCACUGUGAGCCUCGGGCCGUUCCCGCUUGAGAGCCCGGCCUUCGACGAGCCCCCCCGGCCUCCGGUUCUGCGGGGUACAUGCAGGGAAGGCGCCCCUUCAGCCCGGCAGACCCCGCCAAAAGGGGUCCCGUCGGGGCUGAGAGGUUCCCCCCUCGCCUUCCUAGGUCGGGGAUGGGUAUUGCGCCCUGGUUGAGCCCUGGGACACACAUACGCAGCCCCAUCUUCAACUUUUUGCAUGGGUCAGCCCCGUGUGGUUGCCUAGAGCGGUGCAGCAGUAGCGAGGCUUGCUCCGGAGGAGGAGUGAACCCCCCGAGGAUGCGACUUGCUGGGCCCUUUGCCGAAAUUUCCGGGCACCGAAGUACCUGGCAACGACCACCAGGGGCAGCAAUGUGUGUCAGGGCGCCUAGACCUAUGUAGCAGCAAGCCCGGACUGCCGGCCAGUGUGGGCGUGGUGCUUCGUCCUCGAGUCGACCGCUCCAUCGUCUCAUCGUUGCAGUACAGCUACAGGGCUGCAGCGGACGAGCCUCGGGCAAAGGGGUGCCCGAAGGGCACCCCGCAAAAUUUUCACGCAUGGGGUGCAUGGAGUAGAAGUGGGGGCUGGCAAGAUUCUUGCCACUCCAUGCUACUCCAUGUGAUCCAUGCACUCCAUGCCAUGCACGCCACAAAAGCUUAUAAAUUAUUCUGAUAUAUUAUCCAGGGACGCACGGCCCCCCCCCACGUCACUCCCCGCUAGGGGGGGGGGGCGUCGCCCCGCGCCCUGGAACAUAUAUAGAAGUUCUUGUCGAUGUUGAGAACUGCUGGGUUCUCCAGAUAUGACCACGUUUGAAUGUUAGACCGCUCCAGCAUUUUAGAUGAACCACCUGGAGAGGAUUACUUUUACACACACGAUCGAUACGAAUCUUCGCAUCAACAUCCUCAUUUCCAAUUAGACAUACCUCUUGCCAGGCACAUCAAUCAAUCAGUCCUCCUCGCAUCAACGUCCGCAUUUCCUCCACAGAUGUGACGUGGUGAAGACGCGUAUUCAGAGUGGGCGUUUUGGCACGAACCCUGGUGGCCUUUCUAUUGCCGCGAAUGUUCUCAAAGAGGAAGGUGUCGGAGGCUUCUUCAAGGGUUCAGUGCCUAAAUUUAAGACUUCUAAAGGUACUAACGGGAUCGGUUUUGAUAAAUGUAAUGCUAUUGAUAAAUGUCACCUUCUUCUAGUCGUUUUUUUUGAAGUGAAUCUCUAAGAGCUGCGGUGCUGUGGGUCCGAAGCUGAUCUUCAGUUUUACGAUAGCACAAUACCUGAUGGCGAUGGUGGAGAAGAGAUCGAAUUAGACAAUGUUGAUUAUUGAGGAGAAGGGAGUUGAACGGCCUCGACCUGGGUGAACCCACUGCAGCAGGUUUCUCUUUGCUUCGACCUCGACCUGGGUACACCUACUCUAGGCUAGCUGCUGAUGACUCGAGCUGGGUGAACCUACUCUAGGCAAGCUGCUGAUGACUCGAGCUGGGUGAACCUACUCUAGGCUAGCUGCUGAUGACUCGAGCUGGGUGAACCUACUCUAGGCAUGCUUUUUGUGAAAGACAGGUUGAAGACCUCCAUACACGAUAGGCGUACACCUCCACGUUCAUCCCGAUGAAAGAGAUAUCACAAGGGUUUCUUUAUAUAAAAAGAUUUGAGCUUCUAUCUUCUUCACGUAUUGAUGCGCCCAAGGACUAUGAAAUACAACCUUGUGUUGAGUACGCUACUUAGGAAAAAUAUAAUGACAAAUCUGCUGCUUGAUAAGUGCGUCACAUUUUUGACAUCGAGGAUCUACAAUUUUAUUGUUGAUGCACCAGCAGAAACAAAAAACAACUCCUCGUAGGACCCAAGAACCGGCCUCCUUCCUAAACCAG